AUGCGUGCCAUAGUGUCAGGUCUUUGUGUUAUCCUUCUGUCGGUUGCCUUGGUGAUCGCGUCAUUGAACGAUGAGUAUGACAGUGAUAAACGAUACCAUCCGAGACUCCAGGAUGAAAAUGUGCCUGUCAAAUCGCCAAAAAAUGCCGAACAGGAACAAACGAUCGAAUACUGGAGAAAUCAGGCCAAAGCAACCGUUGAGAAGUUGUUGGCGAAGAAGGAAAACAAAAACAUUGCCAAGAAUGUCAUCAUGUUCCUGGGCGAUGGAAUGUCCAUCUCCACUGUUGCACUGGCAAGAAUUCAUGCCGGUGGUGAAGAGACUCCACUAUCCUUUGAAGAGUUCCCUUACACAGGUAUGGCGAAGACGUACUGCGUCGACUACCAGGUACCCGAUUCGGCUUGCACUGCCACGGCUUACUUGGCUGGUGUGAAAAACAAUAUAGCUACGAUCGGUGUCAAUGCGCAUGUAAAGACUGGGAAUUGUGAGGCUGGUCAGAAUCGAUCAUUUCACACAACUUCCAUCGGUCAGUGGGCAAUCGAUGCGGGAAAAGAUUCAGGAAUAGUCACCACGACACGUGUCACUCACGCAUCUCCAGCUGGUGUCUUUGCACACACAGCGUUCCGGGACUGGGAAGAUGAUUACUAUGUGAAAGAGGACGGUUGUGAUCCGGACAUUGUUGAUGAUAUUGCGGAACAGUUGGUGUACGGUGAGACAGGUUCUCGGUUGAAAGUAAUUUUGGGCGGAGGACGACGAGAGUUUAUGGAUCGUGACAUCCAUGAGGAUUACGAGACGGGCAAGGGAGGAUACCGAUCCGAUGGAAGACAUCUGAUCAAUGAGUGGAUUCGGAAUGGUCCCGUCGGCGAGAACCGAACGUUUGUGUGGAAACGAUCGGAUCUGUUAGCAGUGGAUCCUCAGCGAACUGAUCGAUUACUUGGACUGUUUGAACCAAGCCAUUGUGAAUAUAAUUUGGAUAAAGUGGAAAAGAAUUUGGACGAAGAACCGACGCUCGCCGAGAUGGUGGACAAGGCGACGGACAUUCUCAGUACAAACCCGAAUGGAUUCUUCCUAUUUGCGGAGGGCGGCCGAAUCGAUCAUGGACAUCAUGAAAAUCAGGCGAAAUACGCCGUCGAUGAAACGUUGGAGUUCGCGAAAGCGAUCGAGCUGGCACGCAAAAAGUUCAGCGAAGAAGACACUUUGAUUGUGGUGACGUCAGAUCAUUCGCACAGUGUCAGCUUUGCAGGAUACCCGAGUCGUGGAAAUGAUAUCUUCGGCACGGCUGGAAAUGGUGGCGAUGGUGUCCCUUACAUGACCAUCAGCUACGCCAAUGGACCGGGAUAUAGCAAACAUAUUGAUGUGGAAGCUGGCAAAAGGCUGGAUGUACGCGAGAUGGACCGAUCGAAGGCGAACUUUGCCUUUCCUGCCACGUUGCCUACAUAUCCCGAAACGCACGCAGGGGAAGAUGUGGCUGUGUAUGCAUCCGGACCAUGGUCUCACCUGUUUACCGGUACGUACGAGCAGAACUUGAUCCCACACAUGAUGGCGUACGCUUCGUGCCUUGGCAACGGGUUGAAGGCAUGCGAUUGA